GGGCUCGGGUCAGUGGACUGGCAAUUGGAUUUGGACCGGAAUUCGAUUCCAGCUGUCAAUUUCAGUCUGUGUGACUUUGACCAAGUCAUUUUACUCUUCCAGACCUUGGUUUCUUCCUCUGUAAAACGAAGGGGGAAGGACUAGAUGACCACCAAGGUCCUCCGCAGUCUGAUGGAGAGAAUAACCCCGAGCGCCUCACCUACCUCAGUGGACGAAGAAGGGCUAGAUAUUGGAAGGGCUCUCCGCCUCCUCCUCUAAAAGAGAUUUGUCAGACCCGCCCUAGACCUUGCCGCAUAGGCUCGCGGGUAGGGCCAGGGGCGGGGCGGAAGUGCUAGGAUGAUGGUUUGAGGCCAUUUGGAGCUCUACUGUGUAUUAGGAGCCCCGGGGUGUUCCUGGAUUCGGGGUCUGUGGGUUUCUGUGUACACUGCAGGGUUUGCGAGGCGCCCAGGUAAUUAGAUUUGGAGUGCCAGGGGGCUGAAGCACAUCCCUGCAUUCCUUGCAUCACCCGCCCCUGAGGCGCGCUGGCCGGAAGGGAGCACGCGGAGCUGCGCUGAGCAUCAGGAAGAAGAGCAGUCUUUGAGCAGCAGGGCCAGUUCCAGCUGUUGGUGUGUCGAGGACCCCUCCAGGACCAUGAGCGUGGGCUUCAUUGGGGCUGGCCAGCUGGCCUUUGCUCUCGCCAGGGGCUUCACGGCAGCAGGCAUCCUGGCUUCCCACAAGAUAACGGCCAGCUCUCCAGAUAUGGACCUGCCCACCGUGUCUGCACUCAGGAAAAUGGGUGUGAAGCUGACCCACCAUAACAAGGAAACAGUACGGCACAGCGACAUUCUCUUCUUGGCUGUUAAACCUCACAUAAUUCCCUUUAUCCUGGACGAGAUUGGGUCUGACAUCAAGGAGAGACACAUCAUCGUCUCCUGUGCCGCUGGUGUUACCAUCAGCUCCAUUGAGAAGAAACUGACGGCAUUCCAGCCAGCCCCAAAGGUCAUCCGCUGCAUGACCAACACCCCCGUGGUGGUCCGGGAAGGAGCCACAGUGUACGCCACGGGGACCCACGCCCUGGUGGAGGACGGGAGGCUCCUGGAACAGCUCAUGAGCAGCGUGGGCUUCUGCACGGAGGUGGAGGAGGACCUGAUAGAUGCCGUCACGGGACUCAGCGGCAGCGGCCCUGCCUAUGCAUUUAUGGCUUUGGAUGCACUGGCAGAUGGUGGGGUGAAGAUGGGCCUCCCGAGGAGACUGGCAAUCCGCCUGGGGGCACAGGCCUUGCUGGGAGCCGCUAAGAUGCUCCUGGAGUCAGAGCAGCAUCCAGGACAGCUCAAGGACAAUGUUUGCUCCCCUGGGGGAGCCACCAUUCAUGCUUUGCACUUCUUAGAAAGUGGUGGUUUUCGAUCCUUACUCAUCAAUGCUGUGGAGGCCUCCUGCAUCAGGACCAGGAAACUGCAGUCCAUGGCUGACCAAGAGAAGAUCUCCCCAGCUGCCAUCAAGAAAACUCUCCUAGAUAAGGUGAAGCUGGAGUCACCUACUGUCUCUACACAUGUAUUUAACAACAGAGUCAAGCUGUUUAAUCAUACCCAGACCCCUGGGGUCAAGAAGGACUGAGAUGGAUUUACCUCCUAUUGAUCAAGCCUUCACUUUAUCUCCUGCCUACCCUUUGGGUCCUUAUUCUCUUCCCUGAGCUCUGGUCCCAAAUAUUCAGGGAGGGGGGAGCCUCAGUAGCAGUCAUCGCCCCAGGAAUGAAACUACUUUAAAUCUGUUUACAUCAGUGUGAAAAGGUGGUCCUAGAGGCAUUGAAUUACUAGACUUAACUAGAUUUCUCUCUUAGGGAUGGAAGGCAGAAAAGCCAGAAGCAGCUUUUAGGGAGUAGUGGCAGGGAAGAAACCAUUGUUCCAUUCUUUUCUCUUGUCUUCUCCCACUGUUGGUUUCUUUCUCAUUCAGCUGAGACACAAGUCAUAGAUCCAGGUGUUAGUCAACAUGUGGGACUUGAGCUUCAGAGGAAGAUGCUAUCAGGAACAGUUUUGAAUUUCACAAGAUAAGGGAAAGAACAAGGAUGCUAUGAAGUGGAAAGACAGAACCAGUAAUCACCUGAGUUUGAAUAAGAAAGUAUCAAAUUGUACUUGUGGGAUUUGAGAAAAAUUGUGCUUUAUAGGUAUCAUUUUAAAAAAUAUUUUAAUAGUAUUUGGUUAUAACAUGGGGUUAUUGUUCAUUUUGUUUCAAUAAAAUUAUGUUCUUUAUUUUUAAAGACGAGUAGAAAAA